AUGAAGGGUGUCCUGUUACACUGCUCCGAUGGAUCGGGGAAUUGGAUUCCUCUUCACUAUUGGCUUGAGGGAUGCACUCUCAAAGUAAGCAAGACAGAGAGUUUUGAAGAAAUCAUUCAACAGAUAGAAAUAAAUGAGCAGACAAAUAUAUUUUUACAAGAUUGUCAAGGAAUGCCAACCUUUUAUAUAGAAAACGAAAAUUUCAAGCAUUAUGAACUCAAAGCAUCACCUGUUGAGGUAUAUUCCUGGGUGUUUUGCCUCCGCAGCUGUAUUUUUUCAACAUCAAAUCAUAACUACGCUCAAUUUAGGAAAAUUACAAAACUUGGGAGCAGUCCAUAUGGUGAUAUUACGCUUUGUGAAUAUAAUGACACCCUUAAUGUCAUUAUCGAAAUUGGCAAGAAGAAACUUGUCGAAUUCAGUCAUGUAGAGUCGUACAUCCCUGAAAGGAAUUUAAUUUUCUCACUCCCACAGAAUCAAUUCUUAUUAAAUCUACUCUAUACAUUCCAAGACGCAAAUAAUUACUACUUGUCACUUGAAUAUCCUCCAAGUGAGCUUCUUCCAUUCUUAUCUGGCCUUCCCAUGAUUCCUGAAGAUGUACUCCGUUUCUAUGCCUCGGAGUUAGUUGUGACAUUAGAUUUUCUUCACAACCACUUCAUUGUUUACCGUGGCUUAACGAGUUCAAACAUCUUCCUAGCAAAAGAUGGUCAUGUUAAGCUUGGUGGAUAUGGCACAGAUAUCAGUUCACAUCGUGAACUGGAAUAUCUUGCUCCUGAGAUUAUUCAAGGGCAGCCAUAUGGAAAAGCUGUUGAUUGGUGGUCUCUUGGAAUCAUUCUUUACGAAAUUCUUUACGAGGAAACUCCAUUUUUUGCAGAUUCUCCCGAAAAGAUCAAAAAGAACAUUUUAGAAAAUAGUAUUAAAUUCGUCAGAUUCCGAGGAUCUCCAAUCUCAGAGCUCAUUCUGCAGCUCCUUGAAAAAGAUCCAAAGAAAAGAAUUACUAUAGCAGGUAUUAAAAAGUCGAAAUUCUUCGAAGGAGUUGAUUGGAAUCUCGUAAGCGCAAGAUUGUCUAAGCCAGAAGCUUUUAUCGAGCCAGGAUCAACAGAUUAUACUAAUUUGUACUCUACAGACUUCCAGUUAAAUUCUGAGUUCCUCCCAACAAGCUCAACAUAUACAGGUAUUGAAAACUUCUCUCUUGGUCAGGAAUAUAGCUCUCCUGAUGAACAUGAUGAAACAAAGUAA